UUCACUAGCUCCUCCUACUUGACUAGCUAGCCAGCUAGCCGCUGUAAAAGCGGCCAGAAAUCUUUAAAAUAACAUUGAGGGCCUCCUGGAUGAGACAUAUUCACCCAGAAAACACAAGAAACUGCCUUUAUGGGACGCUUGAUCGGUGGAUAUUACGACGCGAUGGCCAGCUAGCGAGCAGUCUAAAGCUAGCUGCAGCUAGCUGGUCGGCUAGCCGGGGUUGGAGCUCCGGACCCCCGCAUCCAACUCUGUCUUUUUCGCCUCUAUGAAAUUAGUUUCCGUGCCAUGCCAUUUUUGAUUUAACAGAGCGUUUGUUCUUACGUUUAUUAAAUUAUAUUAGUAAGGGAAAGGUUUUCCUUUUAUAAUAUGUAGGUCACUGUACCCGACCAAUGAUAGUUAUAUGGGUCAUCAUCGGGUUAACCUAUGAGCAGGAACAGCUGGUUAGCACGGUAGCUAGCUGCUUUGGUAUUUUUUUAAAAUAUCAGUUAUCAAUAACAGAAAGGCAAUAACGUUAAUGCACAUGCUUUUGUUAGUGCGGAUUACUCUGCAGCGUGUGUGGCUGAGGCUAGCAUCGAGUGGAACAUUUAUUUUUUUUCCAUGUUUUGGAGUCGUCGCUGGACCAUCGUUAGCUAACUUGGCUAACUAGCCGGAUCCUGUUAGCUCAAUUAACCGAGCAGCUUCACCAACUAACCAGGAAACUAAGUAAUCAUGCUGAGUAAGGAGCCGUGUUUCCUCCGCGCCUAGCAGCAGCAGCUUGGUGCAGACAAAGUGGACUGUUUCUGGGGUUUGGUGAGAGGAGGGAUGGCAUUUCACGGUGCAGGCCGGCAGACCGUCUGUGGAGACUUGUUUCCGGGCUCUGAGUUGGGCCACAAGUAUUUCUGUGUCAACUCCUCCUGCGGAGCCCCCUCCACGGGCCUCAGUGCUACGCCGUGCCUGACUGGACCCACCGCCCCGGCUGGGACCCCUCGUCACCCCACAGCUCUCGGAGGGAGCACCGGCGGCGGAGCAGCAGUGCCUCAGCCCUACAGCAACCCGGCCAGCGAGGUGCCCAGCCCUGCAGAAAUGGAGCCAGACCGCCCCAUUGGUUAUGGCGCUUUUGGUGUUGUCUGGUCCGUUACUGAUCCACGUGACGGUCGCAAGGUGGCUUUGAAGAAGAUGCCUAAUGUCUUCCAGAACCUGGUUUCUUGUAAGAGGGUCUUCAGAGAGUUGAGGAUGCUCUGCUUCUUCAAACAUGACAAUGUUUUGUCAGCUCUGGAUAUUUUGCAGCCUCCACAAAUCGACUGCUUUGAGGAAAUCUACGUGAUAACAGAACUGAUGCAGAGCGACCUCCACAAAGUGAUCGUGUCUCCUCAGCCUCUCACCACCGACCACAUCAAGGUCUUCCUCUAUCAGAUCCUCCGAGGUUUGAAGUACCUGCACUCUGCUGGGAUCCUGCACAGGGACAUCAAGCCUGGAAACCUGCUGGUCAACAGCAACUGCCUGCUCAAGAUUUGUGACUUUGGCUUGGCACGGGUGGAGGAGCCUGACCCGUCCCGUCACAUGACCCAGGAGGUGGUGACACAGUACUACAGAGCGCCAGAGGUGCUGAUGGGCUGCCGACACUACGGCUCUGCCAUCGACGUCUGGUCGGUGGGCUGCAUCUUCGCAGAGCUGCUGGGACGCCGCAUCCUCUUCCAGGCUCAGAGCCCCAUUCAGCAGCUGGAUCUGAUCACAGACCUGUUGGGAACGCCUCCUCUGUCGGCCCUGGCAUCAGCCUGCGAAGGAGCCAGAGCCCACAUCCUGAGGGGGCCGCACAAACCGCCGUCGCUGUCAGUGCUCUACAUGCUGUCUGAUGGAGCCACACACGAGGCGGUGCACCUGCUCUGUCGGAUGUUGGUGUUUGAUCCGGCCAAACGUAUCUCCGGCAGCGACGCCCUCUCACACCCGUACCUGGACGAAGGGCGUCUGCGUUACCACACCUGCAUGUGUCAGUGCUGCUAUUCUGUUCCCAGCGGGCGAGUCUACACCCGAGACUUUGAGCCGGUCGCCGAACGGCCGUUCAGCCACAGCUACGAGAACAGUCUGCUUUCUGUGUGGCAGGGAAAAGAGUUAAUCCAUCGCUUCAUCACGGAGCACCAGCAGGGCAAACGAGUGCCGCUGUGCAUCAACCCUCAGAGUGCUGCCUUCAAGACCUUCAUCAGGUCCACUGCAUGGCACUCCUCCAAGGUGUCCAGGAAGGAGGAGAGAUGAACGGUCCUCCUCUUUCUUAUGAGGGGCGACAUCAGAGUUUGAGAAAGGAUUUAUUGGCCGUGAAAAUACUGAAGAGUUUGGGUCUUUUUCUUCUUGUUUUUUUUUUGUUUUGUUUUUUUUUUCCACCUGGCGAGGUAGAGGGGAACAACACUCCCAACGUAAGAGGGGGAAACAGCCGACCCACCUGAGCUCCUCCUGAAAAUCCUCAUCAUUUUUUUCCCUCCUAUAAAUCUACUAAGUUUCCAGAUUAUGAAAACUACUGCUUCACUUUUUUAAACGACCCAAACAGCUGAUGCUCGAGGCGUUUCCGGUGCUGAAUUAAAAAAUAAAAAAAUGCUGCUGAAGUGCUGGAGGAGGGAUAAGAAAGAGGAACUUGGUACUAGAUUGGAUUUUCCAUCUAUAUUAGCAGAGACAUUAAGAAAUAAUGAUUUUAAUUGUUUGGUAGAAUUGUUGCUUAGCUAAUUUUUUGAAGUCAUUCCAGCCCUGUGCAAUAUGGUUUAAUUUAAACAAGCGGUAAACACGCCGGGGGAGACCGAACACUCCGUGUGUGUUCACUUGCCAGCCGGAUUUUCAGACACUUGCUACAUGAUCAGAUCAGAUACCCAAAACAAGACCCGCCAAAUGACAUGACACCAUGAACCGCCAAACACCGCCAAGGUUUUCCUUUUUUUUUUUAUUAUUAUUAUUUUUUUAACUACAUUUGAACACAUCACUCACUGUGUUUUCGCCGCAACUCAAUGCGGCGUUAAUAAUGCAAUUAAACAGAUGUAGCAGGUUUUAACCACAGAGUUCCCCAGUGUUCCUCCAUACACACAGUUAGCUUUGUUAUUGUUUUAGUUUCUGUUCCUCUCGUUGAGUUGUCUGGUCCUGGAUCAGUGUUGUUUCACCACCUUUAGAAACCUGCCUCAUUCAGCAGGAGAGAAUUUAAUCAGGAUACAAAUCUAGAAACAGGAAAUCAUUCCCCACAGUUUUACUGACGUCAACAGACCAUCUCAUUGCAAACUAUUUUAUUUUCAAGUCAUGACAGGAAAGUGUGACUUUAAGUCAUCUGAAACGAUGUUCUGCAGAAAGAUGCCAAAACUAUGAAUUUGGCAACUUGUUUUUUUCAACACGUAUUAUUUUAACACACCACAUGGGUUUUAUUCCCUGCAGCCCUCCUCUGCUUCGACUUUUUGUCCCACCAACGGAAGGAGAAACAGGAAGCAACAAUGUUUUUUUUUUUUUGUUUUUUUUUGUUUGUUUUUUUUGUAAUUUCUUAAUUUAUUGAGUGUUUGUUGAAGAAUGUGUGUCUCCACCCUUUUUGGUUUGAAGUGUCUCGGUUACCUCAAACUCCUGAAAAGAGAAAAAGAACUGAUAUGUGCAUAUCUGUAAAGUGAACCCCUCUCGUCACACCUUUAACGUCAUUCCUCCAGAUUCAGUGACUACUUCUUUUACCUCGUGCUCGCUCCUCGCCUCUUGCCCCGCAGCUCAGAAUUAGUGUGAGGAUUUUUGAGAGAAGGAUGUUGUCGGUGAAAUGCUGCUGUUUUUGUUGUCUUUUGUUUCUUUUAGUUUGUCGUUUUUACUUCCUGUUUUAGUUUCAGGCUCAGGUGUCCCGUUAAUAGACUAUGUAUUGUACAAAGCCACAUAAGGAUGCACCAGUAUUGAUCCUGGUUUGGAUUAUCAGUAAAGUACCAUAUCAGAUUCUACACUGUAAGACGUUUAGUAGAAGAUAUGUAUCAUAUCGGAAGGGAUUUCUGUCCUGUGUCGUCAAACUGACUUUAUCAUCAAACACACAGGUGACUAAGUCUACCAUCUAAUUGGGUUCACUUCCUCUCGUGUUGCAGUGAAAUCAAAAGUGAACAUACUGGUGGUUUUUACAUGUUUAACCCUUUAAACUACAAACUUAGGAAAUCAUCCUGAAAGUGUUAGUUCAGUGGACAUGAACAUGCAAAGACGUGAAAGUUGCUGCAGAUCGAUAAGACAAUUAAACUUUUAGUUGUCACUUAAUGGUUUGGUUCAGCAGUCCAAAACUCAAAAGAUGUUCAGUUUACUUCAAGAAACUAUUCAGAUUUCAGAAACUGGAAGUGAAUUUUUGACUUAAACCCAGUAACCCCUUUGAGGAAAAAGUGCUGACUUUAGCACACUGGCAGCGCUGAGUUAACUGAAGAUGCACCAUUUUGGUCAUCGUCCUGACUGCAAGACAAAACCUCCAACUACGACACAAACAUCUGCAGAAAGUUUUCAGUUUGUGAAAGUUUAUGUAGCUGAAAUGAACUGAAACUGAAGUCUGUGCUUUGACAAAAAGUUCAGGAGUAUUGUCAUUUGUAGAUAAAUCUGUGAAACAUGAACAACCAUCAGUAUGAUCCUCUGGUUUCUGGUGACGCUCCCAAGAUGUUUGGUCCCUUUUUGACUGCAGGAACUUUUCCAGGAACCUUUUUAAGGACCUCAGGAACUUUUGCAAUGACAGUCAACUGGUGCCAACCAAGUGACGGCCAGCCACCCCAGAAUUCACCUCAGUUUGUCUUGUCCCAUGCUAAAAUUCACCUCUGACCAGACUGUUUGCUUUUUCAUCCACGUUUGGUUCAUUUGAUUUGAGGCUCCUGAGAACACACCGAAGGAACCUCCUGGUUUAGUUCCUGUGGCUCUUUAGUCGCGAGGAGUCUUGUACAUGUCCUGUACCUCCAGCAGGCGGGGCCCCUGAGCCUCCAGGUGCCGGAGCGUCUUUGUCGGUCCCUCACAGUUUUCUGAUUUUCUAACACCUGAAACCUCAGCUCCUCUUCUACAGGAACACAGCGAGUCUCUGUGAGCAGCUCAUCACUGAGGCUGACUUGUAUAUCUGCAUGUGUAUAUUUAUUAUCCCAUGGAGAGCAUUUGGGUUUGAAUGCUGUGCAAUUGGUUGAGUUUGUCGACGAUGACGAAAACGUACAUUUUGUGGUAAUUUUUUUAUUUAAUUCAUCUUUAGGAAGUGAUUUUUAUUAGAAGUUUUGUUUUUGUUUGUUGUGAUCUGAUUAGAUUUUUACAAAAGCAGUAGGGAGAUUGUUUUGAGAAUUGUUCCCUAAAAACAUUUGAAAGAAAAAAAAGCAAGUAAACCUCUGCGUGAUGUCAGCACUAAUAUGUUUAUUUUCAGUUGGUGUUGUGAAAUCGUGCAACUUUUCAUUUUGAUAAUACAACAGAAAGUAACUGAUAUAAACUUAUUAGUGAAGAGUUAUCAGUAUAAUUUGUCUUUAAAUUACAUCUUCAUGUUCUCAAACUGCUGAGUUAGUUCCCUGAAAUUAACAUUAAUGUUCUCUCCUUUACAAUGUGUCUCUUAUUCCCUGAACACUCCCACUGUGGAUCUAAAGCUUAAUUACAAUCUUUGUCCUUAAAGCCAUGUCUGAUUUGUGUAAAGGUUGCCAAAGGGGAAAAAUGGUGGUUUUAUUUAAAAAGAAAACACAUCCUGUCUCAAACUUUUUAAAUAUCAUACAGAGACUGCCAUCUUUCUCUACCUCUAACCAAAGUGUUCUGAGCGCCUAAACAUAACAUUAAAAAUGUUAAAGCUACGGUUAAUACGAAACUAAGAAAAAAGUGAAAAUUUGGCAGAUACGUUGUGUCUGCACAUCUUGCAACUUUGCAGAAGAGUUUAAAAAAUGAACAUUGAACAUUUUGUUGAUUUACAAAUCUUGGUGUUUCUAUGAAAUGUCAGAAUACAAUUUCCUGUUGCAGUUUCCCCGAAUGACGUCUUUAAAUUACAUUAUUUUGUCAGGUGAUACAGUUUACUGAAAAUGAAUUGCAGAAGAUAGAACUCCAGAUUUUUGUUGAAAAAAUAACUGAAAAGAAUAAAUUAUAUAUAAUGUAAUAUAAAUACAAAUAUAACAUUAGCAAAUAGAAAACACAAAAUUAAUUUAUCAAAACAAGGGGUCAUUUGAGGGAGUGAUUUGUUCAUUUGAAGCUCAAAUUUACUCAUUUAGGGAACAAUGAAUCAAAACUUUUUCCCUUUUGGACUUUUUCUUUAUUUCCUUUAUUUCUGUUGUUGUGUUGAGUAGAGAUCCUUCAGGUGAGAACCAGUUUUUAAACUAGAUGACCUCCCUGCACACUGUUCAGAGAUCAGCUGACAAGUGCAUUUUGAGUCUUUGAUUCAGCUCUAGUCUGUAGAUGAUUAAAGCAGAGUGGGACAGACAGACAGACAGACGGCUGGUCAUCUUUAGAAAUUAGACUCGUUUUUCUUCUAUGAAAAGAAACUUGAUGUUUUUAUUAUUAUAAAUAUGAAACUGAUGUUUUGUCUUCGUUUUAGCAAAAAAAAAGUUUUGUUUGUUUUUUUUGACUUGUGUUCCCAACAAAUACUUGAAUUUCUUAAAAAAAAUGUUUAGAGUUAAAGUAGUGAAUGAUAAAUAAAUAAAUGGACACUGGAUAAUAAUCCUCUAAUGUUUACAUGUCACUUUUUUUCUUAACAACUUGACCUGAAUGUGUCAGUUGGCCCAGGUAAGGGUCAGUGAGCCUGUUUAUACCCGGUAUCAUCAUGCGUCUUUGGUGAUCCGAUCACACGCGGACAGUUCCAUGUCUGUCUGUUCACACCUGGCAUUAGAAAGCAUCUCCAAAUGCGUCUGGGGUGAGCACUUGUGAUCGGAUCUCACUUCCCUGCUCUAUAUGCAAAUAAACACAAAUCAUUAUCGAUGCAAAGACCAAAUGUGUUGUUGUUUUGAACUGGCAGGAGCUUUGUAGUUCUAUACGCACACUUAGCUUGUGUUAACAGGAAAAAGUUGAACUAACUGACCAUUCACCUGGAGUAGUGUGGCUUCAGGACAUCAGCUAGAACGUCAGCUGAGUAGGCCGUUGUUCACUGUGGUGCAGGACACAUUAGUGUUCGCACUGCUAAAAGAAUGUGGACCACACUCUGAAUGUGGUGGAAGUGAUUGGAUCACAAUGCGUCUUGGUGGUCAUUGAGACUUGGAUUCAGCGCUGUUCACUUGUGAUCGGAUCUCCCAAGACAUGAUAAUACCAUGUAUAAACAGGUUCAAUAAGAAGUCUGUGAAAAGAUGUUUGGAUGGAAGUUUAAUGGAUGUGGUUGUAAAUAAAGCUUUCAAAAUCUGUGAGAACAGUUUGUAGAUGUGCUGAAAAGAUUUGUAAUCUUAAUUUACAAAGUCAUAUGCAUCCAUAGGCUCUGAAAUGAUUUAUGAACAGACCUUCACCAGCUUCAGAUUGCACAGUGCUUAAAAAAAAAUAAGGGAACACUUAAUGGUCACAGUCUAACACCAAGUCAGUUAAACUAUAGGGAUAUCAAUGUGUCCAUUUAGGAAGCUCAAGCUAUUAUGAACUAGUUUUACCUGCUUUGGUACAGAUAAAAGUGACAACAGGUGCAAUGGAGAGGCAAAAGCAAGACAACCUCCAAAGAGGGAAUGGUCCUGCAUACAGCUGACCAAACUGUCAGAAACAGACUCCAUGAGGGGGGCAUGAGGGCCCGACAUCCUCUAGUGGGACAUGUGCUCACAGCCCAGCACGUGCAGCUUGAUUGGCAUUCGCCUGAGAACACCAGAAUUGGCAGGUCUGCCAUUGGUGCCCUGUUUUCUUCACAGAUGAGAGCAGGUUCACACUGAGCACAUGUGACAGGCAUGAAAGAGUCUAGAGACGCUGUGGUGACUGUUAUGCUGCCUGUGACAUCCUCCAGCAUGACCGGUUUGGUGGUGGGUCAGUGAUGGUCUGGGGAGGCAUAUCCUUGGAGGGCCGCACAGACCUCCAUGUCUACUUUAACACCAACAGUACCCUGACUGCUGUUAGGUAUCCUCAGAGCGACUGUCAGACCUUUCGCUGGUGCAGUGGGCCCUGGGUUCCUCCUGGUGCAGGACAAUGCUCAGCCUCUUGUGGCCAGAGUGUGUAGGCAGUUCCUGGAUGGCGAAGGCAUUGAUGACCUUUUACUGGCCCUUUGGUUCCCCUGACUUAAAUCCAAUUGAGCACCUAUGGGAUGAUAUGUAUCGCUGCAUCCAACAUCACCUAGUACCGCCACAGACUGUCCAGGUGCUGACUGAUGCCCUGAUCCAGGUCUGGGAGGAGAUCCCCCAGGACACCAUCCACUAACUCAUCAAGAGCAUGUCCAGAUGUUGUGGGUGCAUACAGGCACACUGGGCCAAAUGCUCUACUGAGCCACAUUAUGAGUUGCCGUGAAAAAAUUCACUCAAGCUGGAUCAGCCUGUGAUUUCAUUUUCUUAUUUUGAUUUUCAGUGUGAUUUUGAAUACAGCUCUCAGUGGGUUGAUGGUUGUGGUUUCCACUGACCAUUGUUACUUCAUUUUGUCCUCAACAAAUCAUACAAUGUACACCAGUAAAGAUUUUCAACUUAAAUAAUUCGUUCAUCGGGACCUGAUGUGUGAUUUAAGUGUUCCCUUAAUUUCUUUUUAACAGUGUAUUAUGGGCCAAUAUACACAUCAUAUCAAGGUGUCAUGUUUUCUGCAUGUUAAAGAUUCACAUUUUAAAGUUCAUAGAACCCAUUCAUGCUGCUCACAUUAAUCAAAAAUCAAAGGUAAGGAAAUAUACAAAUUAAUGGAUGAAUUGAUAAAGCAGGAGUUAAACUGAAGUAAUUUUAUAAUCCCAUAAUCAGAAUGACUUUAAAACUACUUGGUGACUGAAUAAAUUAACUGACAUGAAAAUGUAUGGUGGUGUUUACAGUGCAUGCCACAUAACCUUCUCGUCAUCACCAUUUCCUGUCUGCCUCUUCUCUGUGCAUUUUCCAAUAAAAACAGAAAAAAAUGAAAUAUCAGCAUCAGAAUAUACUCAAAAGACCCAAAAGUAAAAGUACUCUGUGCAGAAUGGCCCCUUUCAGAAUGAUGUAUAUUUGGACUAUAAUUAUUGAUGCAUGAAUGUGUUCAUAACUUUAAUGUUGAAGCUUGUAAAUUACUUUAUAUACAGCUGGGUAGUUUUAUCUGUACAAUAAAUCAUAAUUUAUUUGUUGAUUUGUAGUGUUAAUAAUGUGAAUCUGUAAAGUAGGCCUGACUAAAAGUUU